AAAAUAAUAAUGGGCAAACUAGACGUAGCAAUGCUACGGUAUCUAACAUCUGAAGAUUUUCGCGUAUUAACUGCGGUUGAAAUGGGAAUGAAGAACCAUGAGCUUGUCCCAGGAUCAUUGGUAGCCUCUAUUGCUAAUCUACGCCACGGUGGAGUGCAUAAACUCAUGAAGGAUCUGUGCAAACAUAGACUGCUUACAUACGAAAGAGGAAAACAAUAUGAUGGUUUUCGACUCACAAAUGCUGGGUAUGACUACUUGGCACUUAAAGCUCUAACAAACAGGAAGGUUAUUGCGUCAUUUGGGAAUCAAAUUGGGGUUGGUAAAGAGUCAAAUAUAUACACUGUUGCUGAUGAAGACAGAAAUCCUUUGUGUCUUAAACUACACAGGUUAGGGCGCACAUGCUUCCGCAACAUCAAGGACAAACGCGACUACCAUGCGCACCGUAACCGCGCCUCCUGGCUAUACUUGUCGCGCAUCUCCGCUACCAAGGAGUUCGCCUACAUGAAGGCGCUGUAUGACCGUGACUUCCCCGUGCCGCGCCCCGUGGACUUCAACAGACAUUGCGUGGUCAUGGACCUGGUCACUGGUGGACCACUGACGCACGUGACGGCCGUGGAGGACGUGGAGGGCCUGUACGACGAGCUGAUGGGGCUGGUGGUGCGGCUGGGCAACUGCGGCGUCAUCCACGGCGACUUCAACGAGUUCAACAUUAUGAUCGACGCGCACGGACGCCCCAUUAUCAUCGACUUCCCGCAGAUGGUGUCCACCAAGCAUCCCAAUGCAGAGCUCUAUUUCGAUCGCGAUGUGAAAUGUGUGCGCGAUUUCUUCAAGCGCCGCUUCGGGUACGAGAGCAGCCUGUAUCCGCGGUUCACUGACCUCGAGCGGGACGACCAUAUGGACGAGGAGGUGGCGUGCUCGGGAUACAAGCGGACCAAGGGGAUCGAGGAUGAGUUGAUGCAGGAAAUGGGUAUAUGUCUGGAAGUGAGUGACGACGAAGCGAGUGGCGAAAAAGAUGAUACUGAAGAUCAGCAAACUAAAUACUCCGAGGAUCAAUUAGCCGUUCUCAGAAAACAGGUUUCCGACUCUAUACAACACGAUGAAUCCAAACUAUCAACACAAAACGUAACCGACAACAUAACCAAUUUACAUAUAGAUGACAAAACUGACGCAGAAGAAAUACCCACAUUAGUUUCCACAGAAGAUAUACAGAACAAAGAUGGAAAAGAAGAACUUGACAAAAACUCCCAGAAGUACCGACUAGCUAUGAUAGAGAAGGCCUUAUCAGAUGUUAGGUCGAUGAGAUCUUAUACAUCUGCCAGUACGAUAGCCCCAGAAGUGGUAAAGCAGCAAGUGAAGAAGAAUCUAGAAGUUAGGGAGAAGAAGAUGGCGCGAAAGCACGCGAUAGCGAAGGGAGAAGCGAGCGCAGUGACUCGUGAGCGAAGAGACAACAGAGAGACCAUCCGGGAGAGCCACGGCCUGUGGGGUUGGGACGAAUGAUGAUAGAUAUAAACACAGCUAUAUUA